AUGGAGGAGUUUCCGAAGAAAGUGAUUGAGUACAACAACCUGCUACAGACUCAUCGCUUUUCGUAUGCUCGAUUGCCGGAGAUGAUGCCUGAUCCGGAUUUGAACAUUCCCGUCCCUUGCGUGGCACACUUGAACGAUGUCGAUGGAGAUGCUCCUGUGGCGAAGAAGCGAAAGCUUGCAGAUUUUGAUCCAAGUGCCAAUAAUGGUACUCCCAUAUAUGGCUUUAUCAAUGGCACCGUUCCAUGCAACGCACAUCUUGCUGACCUGAUGGAUCAGAUUCGUCCGCUGCUGCGAGAUGCGGUAGAGAACGUGAACAAGGUCAAGAUGUGGAUCACCCUGCUAAUUCCUCGCAUCGAAGAUGGCAACAACUUUGGUGUAUCAAUUCAGGAGGAAACGCUUAGUGAGGUCCGCAAUGUUGAGAGUGAAGCCGCUUCAUUCCUGGAUCAAAUGAGCCGGUACUUCACAAGCCGUGCAAAGUUACUAACAAAAGUUGCAAAAUAUCCUCAUGUAGAUGACUACAGAAGAGCAAUACUAGACAUGGAUGAAAAACAGUUCAUAAACGUCAGAUUGGUGGUGUUGGAGAUGCGAAAUCACUUUUCUACACUUUACGACAUCAUCACGAAGAACAUCGAAAAGAUCAAAAAGCCUCGAAACAGCAAUAUGGAAAUGCUCUACUAA